AAUUUAGGCUGGCAAAAGAGAGCAGGGUUGUUGCAUCCCCAACAGAAGGAGGAAAAGCCAGCAGGAAGUCCCUGGUGUUCCAGUGGUUAGGACUACGUGCUUCCACUGCAGGCGGGCAUGGGUUCAAUCCCUGGUCGGGAAGCUAAGAUCCCACAUGCCAUGCGGCAUGGCCAAAAGAAGGAGGAAAAGCCAGAGAGGUGGGAAUGGGCAGGGCUGGCUUUCUGGUUUGGGGAGGAGGAGGUACAGGCGGGAAGCACUGAGAAAAUCACAUUGGCUGAAUCGGAAGAUAGGAAGGAAUGGGAACCAAUGUUUCCUGGAAGCCAAUAUUGUCCAAACAGGCCUGGCACAGGUAUUUUGUGCGUAUACCGGGGCCCCAGGUAUCUGCCUUGGUCACACCUCACUGGUGUAGGUUUGUCUAGGCGCAUGGGCUGAGGAACCUUCUGGAAAAGCCAUAGGAACCAGGUAGGGUUUUCUGGGCCAAAGAGCAAGGCCUUGGAGUCAAAUGUGAAGAAUCAAUGAGUGACAGGUGGUGUCUAUGGUGGGAUGAGGUUGGGGGUAGGGGACAAUCAGUAAAAACUGACAGAAGCUUUUAGCUUCUCUCAAAGCUCUGGGAGAUCCUGCUCUGAGACCCUCCUUGGAGUGAGAUAACUUGAGGGGAGGGGCACUCUCCACCCUCAGGCCAAGACACCUCAUGCCUUUGGCAUUGGUGGUAAUGCCCUGAAGGCUCAGAUGGCAGUGAUCUGAGACUUGGUGCCGCAGGGUACCCCAGGAGGCAGCUGUUUGACCAGCGGGCUGGGAGAGCUCCUGAGUCCAUGGGAGACACCUCUGCGGUUGUCCCCAAAUAGCUGAUUCUUCCCAGCUCCUCCGUGAACAGGUACUUGGAAGUGCCCGUGGAACUGGGUACUUACUACUCCCAAGAAAGCUUCUGUUCCCACAGGCUGUCAAGGUCUGAGAAACUUGGGUUGUUUAAUUUUCAUAAACACCCCGAGUAGAGUAACAUUACUUCCCUCUGGCAGAUAAGGACACAGAGGCCACAAGAGACCGUGUGGCUUUCCCGACAUCACAGCCUGCAAAUGGAAGAGCUGGGAUUUGAACCCAGCUGGCCUGGCCCAGCACUUGGGCUCUUUCUAAUGCCUUCACCACCUUCAUCUCAAUGCCUUUUCACUAUAAGACAGGGUCACUGGAGAGGAUUUCCAGUGGCCCUUAUUAGAGGCCAGCGUUCAUCUCUUUUGAGCCCAGGCACCCUGUGGGGGCUGUGCAGCCACAGCCUGGCUGGCAUAGGCAGUCCAGCAGCCGCUUGCCUCUGGGUGGCUGCCCACUUCCUGCCGGACCCUACGUGCACUGGGCCUGAGGCUGUGGCUCUGGAAGGGGAUGCCCCACCCCCAUCUUCAGGACUGGGCGAUUCCAGGAAGCAAUAAGCCGCUGAGCCGCUGUGGCCGGGGCUCCCCUCCCUAAUCCCCAGCCUGUCCAUGAUUAUCCGAUGGCUUCAGUUGGGGGUGUGGGCAGCUGCUGGGUUUGCUGGGCCAGCAGGACAGAGCAGUAAGGGACAGGCCCCUGCCCAGCCUACAGAGGAGCCAGGAGCCAUGAGGGUGGCGGUGGGCAUUCUGUGGCUCCUGGCCCUCGGAGGACCCCCGCAGGCCCGGGCCGCCUGCCCUUCUCAGUGCAGCUGCAGCCUCCAUGUCCUGGGCGAUGGCAGCAAAGCCAGGACAGUGGUGUGCAACGACCCUGACAUGACCCUGCCCCCAGCAUCUGUCCCUCUGGACACCUCCAGCCUGCGCCUGGAGCGGACGGCCAUUCGCAGGGUGCCCGGGGAGGCCUUCAAGGCGCUGGGCCGCCUGGAGCAGCUGUGGCUGCCCUACAACGCGCUCUAUGAGCUCAACGCUCUGAUGCUGAGGGGCCUGCACCGCCUGCGUGAGCUGCGCAUGCCCGGGAACCACCUGGUCACCUUCCCUUGGGCGGCGCUCAGGGACGCUCCCAAGCUGCGGCUGCUGGACCUGCAGGCCAACCGCCUCUCGGCUGUGCCCCCGGAGGCCGCGCGCUUCUUGGGGAACCUCACCUUCCUUGACCUCUCCAGCAACCAGCUGCUGAGGCUCCCCGAGGAGCUGCUCACCACCUGGACUCACCUGCAGAAGGGACCCUUCCUUCCCGGCCGCCACGUCAAGCUGGUCCUAGGGCUGCAGGACAACCCCUGGGUGUGUGACUGCCGACUCUAUGACCUGGUCCAUCUCCUGGAAGGCUGGGCCCCAAACCUGGCCUUCAUAGAGGCCAGGCUGAGGUGUGCCAGCCCACGCAGCCUGGCCGGACUGACCUUCAGCCAGCUGGAACUGAGGAGGUGCCAGAGUCCGGAGCUCCGUCCAGGGGCGGCCAGCAUCAGGUCCCCCUUGGGCAGUGCAGUAUUGCUACGCUGUGGGGCCUCCGGGGUCCCUGGGCCAGAAAUGAGCUGGAGUAGGGCCAACGGGCACCCACUUAACGGCACAGUGCACCAGGAAGUCUCCAGUGACGGCACGAUCUGGACUCUGCUGGGCCUGCCUGCUGUGUCCCACCUUGACUCUGGAGACUACAUCUGCCAGGCCAAGAACUUCCUGGGAGCCUCUGAGACUCUUAUCUCCCUGGUCGUCUCUGAGCCCCAGACAUCCACGGAACACAGUGGGGGCCCAGCGGCACCGUGGGCCAGGACAGGUGAGGGGGCAGAAGCAGCUGCAUACAACAAGAUGGUGGCCAGGCAUGUCCCCCACAUCCCCGAGCCUGCUGUCCCAGCCACUCGGCCCCCUGUGCCCAACACGAAGGAGCAACUAAUCCUCCAGCCCUUCCAGAUGGGGGCCCCAGGAGAGCACUUGGAUGUGCAGGCAGGACCCCAGGAGGCCCAAAGGGUGAGCUCUCUCAAGGUGGUGGGGGACACUUACCAGAGCGUGACAUUGGUGUGGAAGGUCCCCCAGGCUGGGAACACAACUUCCUUCAGCGUCCUCUACGCAGUCUUUGGGCAGCGCGACAUGCGGCGGAUGGUGGUGCAGCCGGGGAAGACCAGUGUCACCAUCCAUGGGCUGGUGCCCAAGAUCAAGUACGUGGCGUGUGUCUGCGUGCAGGGCCUGGUGCCCCGGAAGGAGCAGUGUGUCAUCUUCUCCACGGACGAAGUGGUGGAUGCUGAAGCCACUCAGUGGCUCAUCAAUGUGGUGGUGAUCAGUGUGGCUGCCAUCAUCGCCCUGCCCCUCACGCUGCUCGUCUGCUGCAGUGCUCUCCAGAGCCGCUGGCGCAAGUGCCACACCAGGGGCUCCGCUGAGGCCACAGGUGCCUACGUCAACCUGGAGAGACUGGGCCACAGUGAGGAUGGCUCAGAGGAGCUGUCCCAGCACAGCCUCAGUGAGGCCGACAGGCUCCUAUCUGCCCACUCCAGCCUGGACUCUCAGGCCUUGGGCGUCAGGGUGGGCAGACGGAUCAACGAGUACUUCUGCUGAGGGCCGUGCACACAGGUGCCUACACGCCUGCUCCCAACCACUCUCCCUCUUCGCCUCCCACGCGCUCACUCUGACACCUGAAUCCAUGCUCACCCACUCUUACCUACUUGGGUAUCUGCUUACUCAUACAUUUACACACCACCACCGCAACAACAGCUAACACUUAUAUAAGCACUUACUAUGUGCCAGAAAGUGUUCUAAGUGCUUUAUAUACAUUAACUCAUUGAAUUCUUAUGACAACACUUUGCAGCAGGCACCACUCUUCUCCCCACUUACCUGGAGAAGGAACAGGGUGAGUAAGUAACUUGCCUGUAUCAGUCAGUUUUUGCUGUGUAACAAAUAAAGGCAAAAUUGCAGCGGUAUACAGCAAAAAGCACUUAUUUUCACACAAUCCAUAAGUCAGUGGGUUGACUGUGGUGGCUCUGCUCCGUGUGUCCUACUUGGGGCUCAGGAUGGAGAGUCAGUGGCUACCUGGGGCAGGCUUCUUUCAUGGAGAUGUCAGAUGAUAUCAGAGAAAUGAGCAAAAACAUGUGAUGCCAAUUAAGCUCCUUAACACUGCCAUUUCUUCCCAUAUUCUACCUGCCAAAGCAAGUCUCAUGGCCAAAACUAAACUUUAAACAAGGCAGGAAAGGAUAGUUCUCCCAUGGAGGUAAUGGUAGGGCAGGACAUAUUUUGCUGAGCAGUGAUCUAAUCUAUGUUGCCCACAAGUACACAGCUAGGAAAUGGCAGCUCUAGAAAUUGGACCAUGCACUUGAUUCCAGAGUUGAUAGUCCUUGCUACUUUCCUAUACUGCAUCUUGAUUCCAUUUAUGCUAACUCGUAGGCACUCACACAUAGUCUCUUUAUGCAUUUGCCACAUUUGUACAGCCACAUACACACACAUGCAGAGACCCUCACUGUGGACACAUGGAUUCUAACAUUUUUUUCUCCGGGUGCCAUUCUGCCUAGAGAUAAUCAUCUGAUUUUCAGUAAAUUCUAGAAGUUUAGAUGAUGCCCAGGAGACUACUGCUUGUUUACUCUCAGAAUGUCAGGCUGGAGGGAUCUGAGAGACCCUCCGUGGCAGGUGGCACAGUACACUCAAUGCUGUCUGGCACACAGCUCACCUCUGUCCCCGUGUAGCAGCAUUUGUGAUUCUAACUGAAUCUUACCUGGGUUCCUGAGGGUGUCUCAGAGCCUUCUGGGUCACUCAGUAAGCCACUUCAAAGGAGGAUUCCUGUUCAGUUUGCUUAAAGCUGGGAAACCUCUGAGAUGUCAUCUCUGCACAUAGGAGAAGACAAACGUUCCCAGCAGAAGGGCCAAUGUUCUGUCCUGUCUGGAGUGGCUUCUAACGAAGGGAGCAUCCAGGCUGUUUGGUGCCAAGGCCUUUGGGUAAUAACUGAGGAAAUUUGGGGACAGCAAGUGAUGCAAGAAAGCUAUCUUUCCAGUAUCACCUAAGAGACACCAUACUGUCUUGACUCUUUGCUAAAUAUAAAGACCAGUGUGAUGCAGUGAUGUCUAAAGUUACUGUACUUCCUCUCACAUUUACGAAAGACCUUACAACAGAUAACCUUACAACUUUUUUUCUUGGUUUCUCUCAUUUUGAUCUUCACAAUGACCUGUUUUGAAGGCUGGGCUAUUUGAUUUUACAGACAAGAAAACUGAAACCCAAAGAGCUGAAUAAUUUAUAGAGCACAGUGAUGGAUUUUCUUGGAGAAUCCGUGGCUUUGAUAAUGUUCUGGCCAGGCUGAGGGUCUUUGUUCAGAAUUGAUCUCUGCAGUGUGACCCACAGCAGUUUUACUAUGGAAAUGGAUUUUUUUGAGCUACUGAAACCUGGGAUCAGAAUCCUGAGAGCACCAGUGCAUGUGAAUGUGGGAUUUCCAUACAUGGCUAUUCCCUGCCCAUCACCUGUAGGGUGCACCUGACUUUAACUUGGGGGCUGUUGCUAUUGGUUAGAGAAAUUAUUUGGUUGGAAAAUGACAAAGCCACUGUCUACAUCAUAGGUCAACAAACUUUUGUUUUUCUAUAAAGAAAGCCAGAUAGGAGAUACUUAAGGCUCCAUUACUACUCCUCAACUCUGCUGAUGUAGUGUGAAAGCAACCCCAGACCAUAUGUAAGUUAAUGAGCAUGGAUGAGUUCAAAUAAAAUGUUAUUUACAAGAACAGGUGGCAGGCUGGAUUUGGCUCCCAGGCUGUAAUUUGCCAACCCCUGAUCUAGAUUUGUAAAGGCAUUUCUGCUAUGCCUUGUGAGACUUAAGACUCAACUCUGAUGGUUUGGUAUAUGAGACUGACAGACACUCCCCAAAUCAGAACAAAUAUAAGUGCAGUGGAUGACAGCAGCCAUCUGUUGAAAUGAUAAAGAUGUUUUCUCUAAAAGAUUGGCUGAGCCAAUCGAGACUGAACAAUUAUUGACCCAACUAACAUGCAGUUUUAUUGAACUCUGUUUGAAGAAAAAUCAGGAACUUGAAAGCAAGAAUGUGUUAGUAUUUAUCCAGUAAUGUGUGUGUGUGUGUGUGUGUGUGUGUGUGUGUGAAAGAGAGAGAGAAAGAAAGUUUCAACUUUCCAAUGAUUCAUGAAGACCUACCUUGGUGGUCUGAAUGGAAUGGCCCCCAAGAUGGUCAGCCUCCAAAUACCCAUAUGUCAGCCUUUCUUUGUGUGUUCUGUCUUCCCUGGUUUGCUCUUGUAGAGAAGAAUCAUCCUGGAUUGUGCUCAUGAAUAUUCAAGUCACUGGAAAAAACAAAUUCACGCUGUAAAAAAUAAAAUGAUGUCCUGUUUAUAUAUUAGUCUUUUGGUAUAUGAAUCUGGUUAGUAUGAGUCAGUCCCUGGAAACCUAAUGUCUUCUUAAAAUCCUGGAAGAAGAAUUUCUAGGACUUCCCUGGUGCCACAGUGGUUAAGAAUCUGCCUGCCGGUGCAGGGGACAUGGGUUCGAGCCCUGGUCCGGGAAGAUCCCACGUGCCAUGGAGCAACUAAGUCCGUGCGCCACAACUAC